CCUUCCAUGAUUUCCCGCGUAUUCUGUCAAUUGAGUGAUCUCACUACUUGUUGUUAUCAUCACUGAAUGAGCAAAAAUGCCAAUUUUUCGUGUGAUAUCAUCCAAAUAAUUCUUACAUUAAACGUAUCGUUGGUUGAUGUAUCUAGUUUGCGAGCUGCAUUAAACGUUCAAUUUGUAAUUCGAGUUCUGAGAUUGUAGUCGAGAGGUUAUGGUAUGAGAAUAGUGCAUCGACUUUUGGAAUUCAUGUGGCAUUGAAUUAUCAUUAACAAACGUUUAACAGACACAGUUUUGUUGUUGACGAAACCAAUUCGGACAUGAAAGUCAUGGACGGCACUACCGACACAGCUGAGGACUCGGUUCCGAAACAAAAGAAACUUAAGCAGGCACGUCUUCCUUUCCAAAUGCUCAGUUCGCCCCUCUCCUCGAAUACCUUGCAAAAAAAGCGUAAGCUGUCCUCGCCGUCUCCCACCAACUCCAAAAGCCCAAAAGUCUUGAAAGUUGAUAAGAAAGAGAACGCCUCCGCCGAGCCCUCUGAAAUUUCGGAAAUCGACCUAACAUCAGACAGAGAAGACGUUGUUGAACCGAAUAGCGAGGUGUCAGGCUCUCCAGACAUAAUGCCAUCUUCAAAAGACAAGAAGAUAGAUUCAAAGCACGCGAUGAAGCCGGGAGCAUUGAUGAGACUCUUCCAGAAACAAGCAGCAGCAACAGCUCCUCCAAAACAAUCACUAGCACUGGAAGACGCGCAGGUACCUUUAGUGGUAUUGACUAGAUGCAAUAAUCAAUCCGAGGGGGAGGCAUUUGAGGCAGUGGCUACAUCAUCUAGCCCUGGGAAAACUCAAAAAAUGGAUGAAUCGAGUAGCGAUCCACUGGCAGAGAUCCCCUUAACGUCUGAGGAGGACGACGAUGAGGAAAAUAACAAGGAGAAGGAUGAAAAUUCCGAGUCAGAAACAUCAUCGUCAUGUUCAGAUGAUGAUAAAAAGUCACAUGAUGAGGAUUGCUCGAAAAAUUUAUCAGAUAAUUUAUUGAAAACUCCCACAGGAACCACGAAUUCUGGUGAAAUAGCUUUGAAGAAGAGGAGAUUGACACCAAAACAAGUGGAGAAGAGGUUGGAGAGUGCCAAGAAGAGAGAACAACGUCAGAGAGAGAAGGCUGAAAGGGCGUUACAGAGGAAUAAGGAGAGGAUGAAAAGGAGGAAGGAGCUGGAGGAGAAGAAAAUAGCGAAAAAAGCCAAGGACGAAGCUGAAAAAGAGUUGAGGAAGAGGGAGAAAGAGCAGAAGGAGUCGAAAAAGCAACUGGAGAUCGAGCAGAAGCAGAAGGAGAAAGAGAGGAAGGAGAGAGCCAAGGAGGAGGACAAAAGGAAGAAGGAGGAGGAGAAACUCGAGGCAGAGAGGAAAAAACAGAAGGCGGCGUCAACUUUCGCCAGCUUUUUCGUUGCUAAGAAACUGGAUAACGGCAAGGCUAAUGAUGAGGAUAAAGAAAAAGUCGAUAAGGUCAGCAAUUUCAUGCCAUUCCAAGUGAGGAAGGACAUGAAGGUUGCACCUACGUGCAGACGGACUCUGGGAGAUGAGGAGAAGGUAGAUAUUGAUGAGUGUCUGAGGGAGCAGGAGGGCAGGCGGGAACUCUACAUUCAGGCGAUGAAGAGAGAGGGAUGGAAGGGAAGGAGGUCGGAGAAGACCUGGCCUGCUGAUGAUGUAGCUAAAGAUGAUGUUGUGAUAAUAGAGGAAGAUGAUGGGGAUUCGAAUAUUGUUGAUGCACCUGAGAGGAGCAUUGACAAGUAUCGAGCUAAACUGUUGCUCUUCAAGGAGAAUAGGAGGCCUCCAUACUGGGGAACUUGGAGGAAAAAGAGUAUUGUCAUCAAUCCCAGAAGGCCAUUUACUAAGGACACCAAAUGGUUUGACUAUGAGGUCGAUUCCGAUGAGGAGUGGGAGGAAGAAGAACCGGGGGAAUCGUUGAGAGGCUCAGACGAUGAAAAAGACGAAGAGAAUCCUGAUGACAAUGAGUAUGACGUUGAUAAUGAAUUUAUGGUGCCUCAUGGAUAUCUUUCGGACGAGGAGGCUCAGGCUGAUGAGGAGGACGUGGAGGAAGUGCCUCCAGAACUUCAAAAGGAUAAGCUGAAAAUCCUUGAGGAAGAAUUUGAGGCAGAAAUGAAGACAAAGACGUCAAAGAUAAAGCCAAAAGUCAUUGGAUGCAUUUGGCAGGGGAUUUUUAAUUCUUACUUGGAGAACACCCCCGCUCAAAUUGUGAAUUUUCUGAUGGCACGCCAAGGCUGGGCAAGGGAAAUCCCAAUAGCCCUCAUUCCCCCAACAGAAUCUGAAAACUUGGACCCAGACAAUUCCAACAAAAAGAAUAUUUCAGAGGAAGCAAUACCUGACUUGAUCCGGCUAAUCCACGGAAAUUUACAUGGCCGGCCAUUUUUGGCGAAGGAGUUCGUAGCGUACUGGACGAAAAAUCGUCCAGAACAGGAUAGCUUCUUUACGCAAGCAAGUGUAAGUCGCAAAAUAAAAGAACUCUCGAAAAGAAUUCCCUGUCCUGAAGAGGGGCCAAUGCAUCUGAAGGCAUGUUGGUACGUAACCGAGGAAAUCCGGCGGAGGUACUCCCUGGAGGACCUCCGUUUGCCAAAUCAGUGGACAUACUCCCUGACCCCCAAGAAGAAAACACUAACAGAUGCUCCAGUGCUGCCGGAGAAAAACGAGAAAGAUCUCAAGGAUAAACCGAAAGAUGGAGAGCAGAAAAAGACUGUUCCUCUAAUUACAAUGUUCACGAAGAAAAUAACGCAAGAGGAAAUGCACAAGCAGCUCCAGGUGAAACCCUCGGUUAUGAAGCCAGCGAGUCCACUCAAUAGACCGCCAAAACGAGCAACCCUCAUAUCUGUACCUCGAGGAGAUCAAGGAAAUUCUAUUUUAACAGCGUUUUCCAAAAUUAGUAAUGGAAGGCCUCAUACGUCUUCAGGAAGGGUUGAUGAGCCCAUUACAAUAUCAGAUGAUGAAAAAAGUCACAAUGAAAGUGCGGAUGAUAGAAAGAUGGGAGGUAAGAGGGAAGCUGAGGAACAAUCCAAUAUUGCAGUGAACAAAACUGUGGAUUAGAACAUCUUUACGGGGUAAUUUAGGAUUAGGGGAAGUCCCAAGAGAAUACGAAGAAAUAAAAGUAUUUUUGGAAAUUGGUUAAUAAAAUGGGAAUCCCCAGAUUUCUUCAAAAAACUUGAGAAUAAGCAUUGUUAAACAAUAUCAAUUGAUGGGAACAGUCCGAGUAGUAGUGUUGACAACACGAAAUCUGACUUCGGAUAAGAAAAAGAAGGUGAAUUCAUCACGUAUCUAUAGUCCAAUAUAAAUAACUUCAGACAGUUAUGUUGGAAGUAGAGGUAGCCCAGAGGACAUAACGAAGCGAAAGUAUUUUCAAUAAUCGUUCAAUUUCAUGACGUCUCACAUGAAAAAUUCUCCCAUCUCAAUACAAUCGUUGUAUUCUUUUAUUUUGACAAACUCAUCACAAAUUAAUAACGAAAAGCAGUAUGGAAUGAUAAAAACCGCAACAACAGAAAUUUUGACAAUAAGAAAUCUGAUGAAAAUAAAAUACAUGACAUUUAUUUUCCACACUUCCGAGACAAAAAGAGGGCUAAAACAUCACGAACCUAUAGCCUGAGGCAACAAAUUUCUUCACAGCUAUUUUCGUACUGGGGGAGAAACCCUUGAAGACACAAUGAAAUAAAAGUAUUUUUAGUAAUCGAUGAAUUUCGUGUUGAAGUCUCACCUAAAAACUUGGGCGAUCUCAGUGCAAUGUUGCGUGUGAGACUGCAAUAGAACUUACGACUUGGUCCCCUUUUACCACGAGUGAGGGGCAAGCCAUCGGUGGGAAUCAAUGCGAUUAUUAUCGUAUAUCUCCCAUUGGAGUAAACGAGUAAUAAAUCGCAACCGUGUGCAGUAGGUUUUUUUUUCUCCAGUUGCAGUUCCUUCUUUUACAUGUUUAUUUCGCUGUUUUUUCUCCUUCACGUCCAUGCAGAUAACUGACAGUUGGAAACUAAUCCCCAUGCAUACGAUUAUCAUUGCGUCUGAAUUUAUGUCGCACGCGGGCACUGGAUUAUCGUAGAUCUUGGUAUGUCGACAUUCAAUUUUUCCAUGUUAUAUAAUUAUUUUGAUAUCUUUAUAAUGGUUUUGAAAUUGCUCAGGGCAUUCAUCAUUUGUAUAAAGUGCCUUCGAUAAAUUACCCUGACCUAUUGUGAUACUCUUCAGCUGAGAAUGAAAAUUAUCUACUGCCUUACAUGUAUUUGAUGAUUAAUAAUUCAUGUUGUCCAUUUUGAUAAUUAUUAUUUAAUAAAAGUAUCAUGAUUA